AUGGAAGAUCAUUUCAGAUUGGUGAAGACAUGGAGGGGAUACGUCAUGGUAUCGAGUUGUCUCCUACCGCCUUCGAAUGCCGAAAAGUCGAGAAUAUAUCCGGACCAGGCCGUAACCAGCUCGGAUAUAGCCAACGCGACGGCUGCAGUGCAAGAAACAAAGCCAGAGAAUGGCCAACGGCCGCCCGUACCAGAUUAUUGGCACCACGAACGAUCGCAGGACUUGUCGCCAGCAAUGGACUUUCAAUAUGAUAUCAGUCCUCUUUAUACACCCAACUCGUCUCACUUGGCCGUUCCCAGCGAUUACUUCCUCCAAACCGACGACCCAAACGCGCCGCCGACGGUAGAAGACGAAACUGUUCGUUCACCCGAUUCGCUACAUGUUCCGGUACCUGCGUGGCUACAAAAUAGCCAAGAUUGGGAAUACACUUCUCGAAUAAGCUCUGAAGAACCGGCAUCGGGCAACAGUCCUGCAAUUUAUUCUACCGACACUUGCUCUGCGCCAGUGACGCCUUAUUAUAGCAGCGAGCAUCCUACCGGACAGGCUCGACUGGGGCCAAGUCCCGUACCUCCUGCUGACCAUCGCUUGAGCCUUCCUGACCCUCCGCGUCUUGAACUCCCUCCGAAACGAAAAAUGGCCAACGGUGAAAUGGACGGGGCGGAUGGAAUUGGGGUGGGAGAACUUGCUGCGUAG